AUGGCGGCGCCAGGUGGCCCGUCUUCGCGCUCGACACCUGGCAGGAGGAGGAGCCAGACGCCCGAGGAGCAGGCCCUCGAAGAGGCGAGCCGGUGGCUGCCCGGCGGCGAGGACGAGGUCCAGAGGUUUGUGGAGCAGGCGGCGAGCGUCCAGCUGCUCGCGGAGAGGGGCCAACUGCCCGACCCGCGGGUCACGGCGCGGUCCUUCGAUCUGCUGGCGCGGAUCGCAUCGGCCAUGCCGAACCUGACGGACCGGAAGUCUGUGGUGCAGCGGUUGCUGCGGAUGUUGAAGCCAAGCAUCUUCGCCAGUUCGGAGACGCCGUUGAGCGAUUCAUGA